AUAGACUCCCCUGACCACCAUACUGUAGCACCAGCCCAGUCCCCGAGAAAGGACAGCUUCAUUACCCCGUCCAGCGAUCCAAUUAGGAGCCAGAUGGCGCUUCUGGCCAAUCAAAUCAUGGAUGCGAGGAUCCUCAGCAGUAUGAACGGGAGAGCAGAGCUUUCCCAGUUCUUGAGAGUCACCAAUCAGAGCAUCGUCUCCCAGGUAAAUUCCACCCAGGAUGACAGCCGCAAGAACAGGAAGUACCCGUGCCCGCUGUGUGGGAAGCGCUUCCGCUUCAACAGCAUUCUGUCCCUUCACAUGCGCACGCACACCGGCGAGAAGCCCUUCAAGUGCCCGUACUGUGACCACAGGGCGGCGCAGAAGGGCAACCUGAAGAUACACCUCCGCACUCACAAGCAGGGCAUUCUGGGUAAAGGCCGUGGGCGCAUUAGGGAGGAGAACAGGUUGCUUCAUGAGCUUGAGGAAAGGGCGAUACUGAGGGACAGGCAGACGCGAGGUGGUCAUGUUCAAACAUCCAAUAUGAACCAACUUCAGAAGCCCCUUCUGUCACAGACUGUCCCGACUCAGCCCUCAUUCUUAACCAGCUCUGGUGCUCCGGAGAGCCAGCCGCACGCCUCCACCUCUCCGAAGGCGACCGCCAUCCCCGAUGAUCCCAUCCAGCAACAACCCAACAGCUUCCGCUGCUCAUUCUGUAAAGGAAAGUUCAGAAAGAGGCAGGAGCUCGAGCGCCACAUCAGGAUCCUUCAUAAACCCUACAAAUGCACCUUGUGCGAGUUUGCCGCCUCACAAGAGGAGGAGCUGAUCGGCCACGUCGAGACGACACAUAUAACUGCUGACACAGGCUCAGGACAGAGGCCCGCGAUGGGGGCUGGUGACAAGAGGAAGCCCGUCGGUGAAUUCCCCUGCGAGGUGUGUGGCCAGACCUUCAGCCAGGCGUGGUUCCUGAAAGGUCACAUGAGGAAACACAAGGACUCGUUUGAGCACUGCUGUCAGAUCUGUGGCCGUCGAUUCAAAGAACCCUGGUUUCUCAAGAACCACAUGAAGGUCCACCUCAAUAAGCUGGCAGCUAAGCCUACCAGUAAUCUCCCCACUGAGCACAACGCCUCCAUGGGUAACCUGACGCAAGAGCAUCAGAGCAACCUCUACUCGCAGUACAUCUCCCGCAUUCACAACCGCUUCCUCGCGGCCGAGAGAGCCGACCAUCAAGAUUAUAACCAGAUACUGGCCACCGCGGGCGUUGACAUGAAGGUUAGGGAGAUGUUAGGGAGGAUGAUUUCCUCAGGUCCAGGCCCGCUGACAGAUGCAGAAAGCUCUUCUUUGCUGGGUUUGAAUCAUCUUCACCCUCCUAUGAGCUCCACUAGCAUGGAAUACCUGCACAAAGUCAUCUCCAACAGAGAAACGCUCAACAGCAGCAGCAGCAGCUACUCUGGCUGGCAAGUCAUGACUCCAGGGCUGCCUGUCGAGCAGCAAAUGUUCAGUCCUAAAGACCAGCAGCAGUGCUCCUCCUAUCUAUCUGAGAGAUGUCUCCCUGUGGACGAUGGGAAAGUGUGUCUGGGUGAUCCAGACACCAAGGCCAUCAGCAGGCCCGGCAGCCCAGGCAGCGUGAGUAAUCAUGGGCCAACGGAGAUCGUCACAGAGAUGGGGAACUCCCGACCACAAUCAUCCUCUCCAGCUGCAGGUGAGAAAGUCUACAGGUGUCCACUCUCCAGCGACUACACCGCAGCGCAGACGGCCUCCCUCGGCUUCCAUCUGGAUCGCUACCACUUCCCCCACUGGCAAAACAGCAGGGAUCUUUCUUCUCCACUGCAGCCCACCAGCAGCAGCAGCAGCUCCAGCCCCAACCCCAAGCUCAGACCUCGAUCCAGGGAAGACUGGAGCCCAGCUGCAGGUCACUACCUCGGCCUGGAGAGCCACGGCGAAAACGCCCUGCUCAUCAACAAGCAGCCCGACCUCGCUGACAAAGACGCAGGUGCGGACGCCUCCUUAUCUGCUCAAACCAGGAAGUCCCAGUAUGAGCCUUUAGAUUUGUCUGUCAGGCCGGAGUCUGUCAUGUCUCAUUCAGCCGUGUCUCCUGCUGCACUGGUGCAGAUGUCUGCCGUUUUUAGUAAUGGACUCUCCUCCUCCAUUGCCCGCCGGCUACAAAGUUACUCUAAUGCUGCAGCUGAACUCAGUGUGAAACCCGCAUAUCAGUGUGACCUUUUGGUGCAGGGAACAAAAGAAGAGAUGAACACACAGAAUGCGGGCUCCACGGGGCUCGACGGCGAAGGUGAAUUUGAGAAAUCUGAGCGAGGGAGGGAGGAGGAACACGACGACGCUGCCAAGUGGAAGAUGCCGAAAAAUAACGUCCUCAAGCCGGAGGAGCUGGGACAGGCUGAGUUUGAGACGAAGCAAGACAAGCCGGGAGCUUGGGGUCGAGCUGUGGCUGGAUCUCCCAUCUCCUCUCUGGAGAACUUGACUCCGGGACAGGCCGAGCAGCUCCAGCACCAGGGCGGCCUGCUCUCCUUCCUCAGAUCCCAGGGGAACCUGAGCAGCACACCUGGCGGCGCACACACAGACGGUCUGAACGGCGGCGGGGACGCGGACAAAGAUGUUGCAUCGGCUCGGAAGCCAUUCCAGUGCAGGUACUGCCCCUAUAGCGCCUCCCAGAAGGGCAACCUGAAGACCCACGUCCUCUGUGUCCACCGCAAACCCUUCGACAACAGCCUCUACCCCGACCGCCGCCUCCGACGCUCGCACACGCCCCAGCGGCCCUCCAGAUUGCCUCAGAGCAUCACCGGGGACAGUCGCGCGUCAGGAAGAGACCAGAUUGGCAUGACAUCACUCUGUGGGACUUGACGUUGUCGUGGCAACAGCAGACACAGACAGUUAUGAUUAUUGUUUUAGCUUCACCUCGCAGAGGGGGUUAGGAUGAUUGAGAUUGUUGAGAGAGAGAAAGAGAGGAAGAAGAAGAAGAAAAAAAAAAACAAGUUAACAACCAACCUUGAUGUACAUUCCAGUGUUUACUUGAAGAGCCACAGUACGUAUUUAUCUGUAGCAAAAAGAAGCUGCCUAUAAUAAUAAUAAUAAUAAUAAUAAAGUCCGUCGUGAUGUGAACGUGUAGCGAG